AUGGGUAAAAAGGCUAUCGAUGCUCGUAUCCCAGCUUUGAUCCGUAAUGGGGUCCAAGAAAAGCAAAGAUCGUUUUUCAUAAUUGUUGGUGACAAAGCAAGAGAUCAAUUACCAAAUUUACAUUAUUUAAUGAUGAGUGCAGAUUUAAAAAUGAAUAAAUCAGUAUUAUGGGCAUAUAAAAAGAAAUUACUAGGUUUCACAUCACAUAGACAAAAAAGGGAAGCCAAGAUAAAGAAAGAUAUAAAAAGAGGAGUUCGUGAAGUUAAUGAUCAAGAUCCAUUUGAAGCAUUUAUUUCAAAUCAACAUAUUAGAUAUGUUUAUUAUAAAGAAACUGAUAAAAUUUUAGGUAAUACAUAUGGAAUGUGUAUAUUACAAGAUUUUGAAGCAAUGACACCAAAUUUAUUAGCAAGAACCAUAGAAACUGUAGAAGGUGGAGGAUUAGUAGUUAUACUAUUGAAAAAUAUGUCAUCAUUAAAACAACUUUAUACAAUGAGUAUGGAUAUUCAUUCAAGAUAUAGAACAGAAGCACAUGAUGAUGUUGUUGCAAGAUUUAAUGAAAGAUUUUUGUUAUCUUUGGGGUCAUGUGAAAAUUGUUUAGUUGUUGAUGAUGAAUUAAAUGUACUACCAAUAUCAGGAGGGAAACAUGUAAAACCAUUACCUCCAAAAGAUGAUGAUGAAUUAUCACCAAAAGCUCAAGAGUUGAAAGAAUUAAAAGAAAGUUUAGCUGAUGUUCAGCCAGCAGGUAGUUUAGUCAAUUUAUCCAAAACUAUAAAUCAAGCACAAGCUAUAUUAACGUUUAUUGAUGUCAUCACAGAAAAAUCAUUGAGAAGUACAGUUACCUUAACUGCUGGAAGAGGUCGUGGUAAAUCUGCAGCUUUAGGUAUUGCAAUAGCUGCAGCCGUAUCGCAAGGAUAUUCAAAUAUAUUCGUAACAUCUCCUUCACCAGAAAAUUUAAAGACUUUAUUCGAAUUUGUAUUCAAAGGAUUUGAUGCAUUAGGAUAUACUGAACAUUUAGAUUACGAUAUCAUUCAAUCAACAAACCCAUCAUUUAAUAAGGCUAUAGUGAGAGUAGACAUCAAAAGAGAACAUAGACAAACUAUACAAUAUAUUUCACCAAAUGAUAAUCACGUAUUAGGACAAGCAGAAUUAUUAAUUAUUGAUGAAGCUGCUGCUAUACCGUUGCCAAUAGUCAAGAAAUUAAUGGGUCCAUAUCUAAUAUUCAUGGCAUCAACUAUAAAUGGUUACGAAGGUACCGGUAGAUCAUUAUCAUUAAAAUUGAUACAACAAUUAAGAACCCAACAACAAUCCUUGAAUGCACCAGCUGACACUGAAGUAAUAUCAAGAGAUAAAAAAGGUGCAGAAACUGGUGGAUCAUUAACUAGAAAUUUGAAAGAAGUCGUUUUAGAAGAACCAAUAAGGUACGCACCAGGAGAUUCAGUUGAGAAAUGGUUAAAUAAAUUAUUAUGUCUUGAUGUUUCAUUAUCCAAAAAUGCUAAAUUUGCAACAAAAGGAACUCCACAUCCAUCUCAAUGUAAUUUAUUUUAUGUAAAUAGAGAUACAUUAUUUUCAUAUCAUCCAGUAUCCGAAGCAUUUUUACAAAAGAUGAUGGCAUUAUAUGUUGCGUCACACUACAAGAAUUCACCAAAUGAUUUGCAAUUAAUGUCAGAUGCUCCAGCUCAUCAAUUAUUCGUUUUAUUACCACCAAUUGAAGAAGGAGAUAAUAAAAUACCCGAUCCUUUAUGUGUAGUUCAAAUAGCACUUGAAGGUCAAAUUUCAAAAGAAAGUGUAAGAAAAUCAUUAAGUAGAGGUCAAAGAGCUGGUGGUGACUUAAUACCAUGGUUAAUUUCUCAACAAUUUCAAGAUGAUGAAUUUGCUUCAUUAUCAGGAGCAAGAGUUGUUAGAAUUGCAACAAAUCCAGAAUAUUCGGGUAUGGGUUAUGGUUCAAGAGCGAUGGAAUUAUUAGAGGAUUACUAUUCUGGUAAAUUUACAGAUAUAAGUGAGUCAUCAGAAUUAAAUGACCAUACAUUAACGAGGGUCACUGAUAAAGAAUUAGCAAAUGCAUCAUUAAAAGAUGAAAUUAAAUUAAGAGACGCAGCUUCUUUACCUCCACUAUUAUUAAAACUUUCAGAAAAAGCUCCUUAUUAUUUAGAUUAUCUUGGAGUAUCAUAUGGAUUUACACCACAAUUACAUAAAUUUUGGAAAAAAUCAGGUUUUACUCCUGUAUAUUUAAGACAAACUCCAAAUGAUUUAACUGGUGAACAUACAUCUGUUGUGUUGAAUGUUUUACCAGGUAGAGAAAAUAAAUGGUUACAAGAAUAUUCAAAAGAUUUUCACAAAAGAUUUUUACAACUAUUAUCAUAUGAAUUUAAGAAAUUCCAAGCAUCACAAGCAUUGGGUCUUAUUGAAGCAGCUGAACAAGGUGAGGGUGAUAGUAAAGUAAAACCAUUGACCAGAGAUCAACUAGAUGAUUUAUUGUCACCAUUUGAUUUAAAAAGAUUAGAUUCAUAUGCAAAUAAUUUAUUAGAUUAUCAUGUUAUAGUCGAUAUGUUACCUUUAAUAGCUCAAUUAUUUUUUUCAAAAAAAACAGAUGAUCAAGUCAAUUUAUCGUCUGUUCAAUCCGCCAUUUUAUUAGCAAUUGGUUUACAACACAAGAAUAUGGAUCAAAUCUCAGCAGAAUUAAAUUUACCAUCAAAUCAAGCAAUGGCAAUGUUUGCUAAAAUAAUAAGAAAAUUUUCAACUUACUUUAGAAAUGUUUUAACAAAAUCCAUCGAAAGUGAUAUGCCAGAAUUAGAAGAUGAACAAUUUAAAGAAAUUGAGGGUGAAAUAGAAGAUGAAGUAGAUUACGAAGCAAUUCAAAAGAAUUUGAUCGAUGAAAUAGAAGAAGAAGGUGAUGAACAGAUAAAAGAAAUGAAAAAUAAACAAAAAGAAUUAAUCAAUGCAUUAGAUUUAGAAAAAUAUGCUAUUGCAGAUGAUGGAGAUUGGGACGAAAAAUCAAUGUCAAAAGCUGCCAAAAGCAAUAAAAAUAAAAAUAAUGGGAAUGGAGUUGUUAGUGUUAAAAAGGGAAAAAGAAAGUCGGGAGAAAAUGCUAAUGAAAUUUAUGAAACUGAAAUGAAAGAAAUUAAAAAAUCUAAAAAGAAUAAUAAGAAAAGGUGA